CAGGGGUGGCGCUCGUUCUUGUGAGACGCUAUGCCUCUCUCACUUGACCGGUAGCGACGCGGCAAAUCGUCUGAAUGGCGGGACGAGCCACGUGAUAGUGAUCCCCGCGAUCAAGCUAAUCAACGGUGAGCGUCCUGUAAGAGCCCUCAGAACCAAACAUGCCGCUCUUGAUACGGGCGUGAGCCGGGCGGCUCGGACAGCCUUCACAUACAGCGUGGCCCCCCAGCUGAGUGCCUUCAUUCACCCGUUCCUUACGCUUUGGAUCCCGGCGCUUCAAAGAUGAGUAUGUUCUACGGAAGCGGUGUCAGUCAUUCCAAUCGUUCCUUGAAAGACAGAGCUGGGUCAUCAGCAUCUGCCAUUGGUCGUCUUACAAAUGCCAAAGAAGUGGCACACAUAUCAGCCGUUGUUGGGAAUGGAGCCCACGACAGUGCGCUACAAAUUAACGGACAUGUCGCAGAUAAGAUCAAUCACGUCAACAUUAAGUACCUUUUUAUCUCUUAUCAUGGCGACGGCGUAAAAGCUGUGGCGAACGCAGGAUCAGCCCCUCCACUACCCACUACCACGCUUGUACACCCUCGUCUCUCAGUAUCGGCGGAGCGUUCAAAUCGCUUCAACAUUAUUGAACAAACAGAGAUUCCAUCUUUGAAAAAAACGAAACGGAACAUAAAACUCUUGUCCAAAGUGACUGGAGAAACCGAAAUCAUUUGCGUUAUUUCGUCUCGAAAGGUAGAAGUAGGCUCCGUCACUUGGGACUCGAGACAAUUUUGUUCCACUGGCAGAUUCGUGGAUCUUUUGAUCCCAAUGCCAGGUAGCGCUAAGAAUAUCGCGCAACGAUUCCAUAUUUUGAAAGACUGUCCUUUCGAUAUGCUUCUUGGGAUGCUUACAACAAGACCUUCCGUUCGUUGAUACCUAUAAUAUGUGUUCAGUCUUUCAGCGUGGGGCACACAACCGCAGGCACAGUCUUUG